AACAGUUUGAACCGAUGAGUCACUGACUGAUCCUCCUAAUGGAACAGAUUAAUCCGACCAUUCAACCAAAACAUUAUGUCAUCACCGAUCACAGAAGGAUUAAAGUCAACAAAGGUGGCAGAGAUGCAGUCACAGCGCAACAAAUCACCCCUGACAAAAAAAAAGAAAAAGAACAAACCAAGAGAGCGUGUUUGAAAAGCGAAACGAGAGAGUGGCUGGUGCAGAGGUGCAGCGUAGCUGAUGCUUGCUGCUGUCCAGCACCGGAAGAGAGAAAGGAGGAGGAAAAUGCAGAAGAUAGGUGGCAGUAGAGUCACUCCAUGCUGUCAGAACACAACAGAGAGAAGGGCGGUGAGGAGAAGAACUGUAAGGAGAACAAAGCAAGAGAAGAGAAGGCAGCGUUACAGCUGCCACAGGCCAAUUAGCAGUCCUUUGAAUCAGAUGAAUGAAACAAAGGAGGUCACUGCAGCAAGAUGGCGGUAGUGAGACAUCUCAAAGGCCAACUGUCAGUACAGGCAACUGUAUUUAAACAGUAAAUAAUACACACUAAGGUCAGUUGUACACAUCAAGAAAGAUCACAAAGGCAAAUGACAUAUACAGUGAGACAACAUUUGAAAUUCUAACCGCCAUAAAAACCACAACCACUCCCCCUGACAUGGUGCAGAGGACAGAGGCAGUGCAGCACCAGCAUGGAUCACAGGUGCCAUAAAGCACGAAAGAAAAAAAAAAAAAAGAACAUAUCAUGAUUAAAGAACAUAAAGAACAUCAACCCCAACAUGCCGAGGGACUCCCGUUCAUCAGUUAACCGUUGCACUGGGAGAGUACUACAAAGCUGAAGAGUUUUUUUCAGGCUGGAAAAAUCGGGACCAACCAUGGAUCUUGAUUUGGAUUUGGAAACUAUUAUCCAGAGUAUUCUGGCUGUUGACUACGUGGGAUUCCAUGAGAUCCUGGAGGAAUCACCCGAGCAGCUCCCCCUCUCUGCUGCCCCCCCUCAGUCAGCGGAGAGCGUGAGCAGCGCCAGUCAGCUGCCAACUGACGCCACCGACCAACAGUCUGCGGCCACUCUGUGUCAACCGUCGCUGCACGGUCACGCCGCCCUGCUGACGGAGGAUCAGCAAAAUGUCCAGGUGGUUGACCACGGCCAGGAAAUGUGUUUGAACAAAGAUGUUGAUUCGUCAGAGCAGCCUAUGGAUCAAGAGGAUGAGUUGACGCUCAUCACUCAAAGGAUGCUGAGGGGAGAGAUUCCCGACAUUGAUUCGGAGGUGAUUCGUAACAUCUUGGAAGAGUCUCCCAACCCUCUUCCUCCUCCUCCUCCUCCUCCUCCUCUCAUUCCCCAAUCAGGUUUCCAUCAACCGCAAACUGCUGGAGCUGCCGAGGAACAGGCUGUUCCCACCCUGUGCCAACAACCCCUGCAUGGUCAAACCAUCGUACUGUCAGAGGGUCGACAAAAUGACCUGCAGGGCCACGGCAAGCAGGAACAAGCUCUGGUUACAGCAGAUCAGAUGGUGCACAGACUGGGGCCCGGUGUCGGAGGGUUAGUGCAGUCGGUGGACCCCAACGACGAGCUGGUGCUCACUAUCCAGAGGAUACUGAGGGGGGAGAUUCCAGAUGUUGAUUCUGAAGAGAUCUGGAAAAUUCUGGAGGAAUCGCCCAACUCCAGUGCCCCAGCUGUUCCUGCCGAGACAAGGUCCAACAGCCAACCUCAGGCAGUGGACCCAGUGGGAAGUGGGCGACGCCCCCUGGGGGCAGCGUUACACAGCCUCCAGCAACCCGCUGCUGCUGAACAGGCUGCUCCGGCUUUGUGCCGACAACUGCCUCACAGUCACACUGUGGUGCUGUCGGGGGGGCAACAAAAUGACCAGGCAGGUGAUCACAGCCAAGGACAGGAUCUGGCUCCAUCAAGGCCAAGUGUGAGCAGACCAGGCAAGGGGUCGGAAGCAUCAGCAUCAGGAGCACCGCAGGAGCAUCCUGAGGACGAGUUGGUGCUCAUCACUCAGAAGAUGUUCAGAGAAGACAUGCCACAUAUCGACUUUGACGUGCUGCGACAACUUUUGGAGGAGUCCCCCAACCCUCUGCUCCCUCCUCCCGCCCCUGUUUUCGUCGGCCAACCUCGAUCAGCACAGAGUGUCAGCAGCAGCUCCGCCUCACUGACUGCUGACACGCUGUUUGCGGCCGAACCAGCGACCCCUGCUGUAUACCCAGUGCCACUGCACAAUCCAACUUUAGCGAUGGCAGAGGGCCAUUACAAUGAGCUGAUGAGUGACGACAGCCAGAGCCAGGACCAUGUUGACAGCAGUGUGGGGACGGAGACGGACUCAUCGGCAGAGACGUCAGAACAAGAGGACGAGUUGACGCUCAUCACCCAGAGGAUGUUGAGAGGAGAAAUCCUGGACAUCGAUUCUGAGGAGAUUCGUAAUAUCUUGGGGGAGUCACCUGACCCUCUCACUGCUGCGUCAGGGUUCAAAGUCCCAGCUCUGGGCGUGGGCUGCACCCCCAUGACCGCUGCCCCUCACGGCUUCCAGCAACCAAUGACUGUAGCUGGGGGACGGAUGGCCCCCCCGCUGUGUCAUCAACCACCGCACAGUCAAACUGUAGUGCUGUCGGGGGGGCACCAAAAUGGCCACGGUGCCACUCACAGCCACAGACAGUAUCUGUCAAAUCAAUGUCCUGUGUACAACAGCCUGGGAGGAGCGGGUGGCAGCCUCAGCCCCGCAUACCUGCAAAAUCAGAGUCAGCGUCUGGUUUUUACUCCUCUGGCGGCAGCAGGCAAUGAUGCAUCUACCUCAUUCAUGUCAUUGAAGCUGCCUCAGGGCGUCCUCAACAUGCCCGCAGUCGGUGUAGUGAAUGGAGAGGUGGUGUACGAAGUUCCCCCAGAUGUAACUCUGAGUUACGUUAACCUUGGUCCCGCAGCACAGAACAGCGCCUUACCAAAUAAGAAAAGACGUGAGUGUAAGGGCCUGGACGAGCAGCCGUACGUUAAGAAGCCUCCUAACGCCUUCAUGCUGUUCAUGAGAGAACACAGGGCGAAAGUUGCUGCUGAACACAGCGCAGCGGCCAAUGCUGUCCUGGGGCUGAUGUGGAAAUCUUUGUCCAAAGACGAGCAAAAGAAAUACAGAGACGAGGCGGACCAGGAGAGGAUAAAACACAUUUUACAGUUUCCUCAGUGGUCGUGUAAAGACAACUAUGGUAAAAAGAGAAGAAGAAUCAGAAAGAAGUCUCCGAACAUAACUCUGGCAACACUUUCAGACCCUGAUGUGACACAGACUGUGGUUCUGGAGACGUCUGCCUCUCAGGACUACAGUGACUGCGAAUGAUACAUGUACGAAAAGUUGGGUUUGUUUUUACUUUUUCCAAUGAAUCAAUGAUCACUGAAAAAGUAAGACAAUGUCCCCGCUCUGUUGAUGUUGUCAUCCAGAAACGUCAACAAGAACUACAAGAAGAAAAGACUGUGACGUAACUUCACAGAUGCUAGCUGCUAUAAUACACCAAGUGCUGCAAUAUCAAAGGAACAAUACUCCACUACUGCUUCUGCAACGUCUGUGACGUUGAUGGACAGUCGUCAUAAACUGGAAAUAUUAAAAAAAAAAGAAAGAAAAAAGAAAAAAAAAAGAAAGUAAGGAAUUCUACUGACAACUGAAACUCAGAGGUCAUUUAUUUCAAAAUUCAUUAUAUCUGCAAUUUCGUGUCAUUUGUAGGUAAUGAGUGCAAUACGUUCAAUUUGAUUGAAAGACAGAAAAUAGGAAUAGAAACAGAAAUAGGAUCAAUAAGGUGAAAUACUUAGUACUGUAAUAUAUAGGCCCAAAAGAGGAGGAGUAGAGAGUACUUCAUUCUGGUGUACUUCCACUGUAGACUUAGUGAACUGGUUCAACUGACUGUGAUUGGCUGUCGGGUCACGUGACAGACUCUCAUAUGAGUAUAGGUGUGAAUGGUUGUGUUGUUGUUGUGUGUCCACCCAUGUCCAGGGUCCAACACUGAUGUCAUGGCUGGGAUUGGCUCUUUAACACAAUAGUCAUUUAAAGAUGAAUGAAUAAAUGGCUUCCAACAC